AUGGCGAGCAAGGAGAUCCCCAAGUCGGCAAUAAACGAGGUCUCUGAACUUCUGUCGGGUGACACGCAGAGUUCUAAGUCAGAGGUGACCGCAGGACCUGACCCAAAUGAUGGGAAGAGGCCGCCUCCACUGGCGGCAAGACUGUUCGCAGUAGCCUUGAUUUCAUGCAUCAGUUUUGGGUCGCAUUGGAGCUCCGGUGUCACAGGCGCUAUGAAGACAACACUCAAGAAGGAAUUGGACAUCAACAAUGUACAAUAUUCGCUGUUGGAAGCUAGCGAGGACUUUAUGGCCACGGUCCUACUCAUACCCAGUGGUUUUAUUACUGAUAGACUGGGCGGUGCUGAAAUGAUUGUGUACGGAAAUAUCGUUUAUACCCUCGGAUCUAUACUCGUGGCAGCUGCAGCAAGUGUGCGAUCUUUCGACUUCAUGAUUGGAGGACGCAUCAUCUUGGCAUUUGGUGACAUCGCAACACAAAUCGCGCAGUACAAGAUGUUCUCUUCUUGGUUUGCUCCAAGCAACGGUUUCGCAUCUACACUGGGGUUCGAGUUAGCGAUCGGAAAGGUUGGCGGGUUUGUUGGCAAAUCCACUGCCAACAUCAUUGCGAAGAAUACGGGAAAUUUCGCUUGGGUGUACUGGACAUCGGUCUUCAUGAACCUUUUCACCAAUGCCGCGACCGUAGUAUUCUGGUUCUUCAAUAAAUAUUGCGAUCGCAAGUUCAAGGGACGCCGAGAUAAUGCAACCAACGAGCAAUUGACAGAGAAGAAUAAGAAAUUCGAGUUCGAAAAAGUCUUCCAGCUUCCUUGGAUGUUCUGGGCUAUUCUUGGCUUCUCGCUUUUCCAGACCAGCGCGGCAUUGACUUUCAGCACAAAUGCCACGGAGCUGGCAGAACAGCGAUUUAAUGUUAGUGCUAUUAAGGCUGGGUGGUACAGUUCACUCUCGGAGUAUGCAGGAUGUGUUUUGGUCCCUUGCGUGGGAGUUUUCAUAGAUGUUCUUGGCCAUAGAGCUUCAGUUAUGUUUAUUUGCGGUCUUGGUAUGAUGCUUAGCAUGGUUCUGCUGAACUUCGCUCUAUCGACAGCUGGUACGGGUGCCUCGUUCGGUAUCUAUGCCAUUGCAUUGUCAUUUGGCCCAACGUCCAUCAUUGAUGGUAUCCGUACUACACUCUGGCACCAAUCUGUGUUUGGGUCAGCAUACUCUCUCAAAGUGACCAUGAACAAUGCUAUGAGUAUCAUUAUUCGGAUCAUUACGGGAGUUCUACAAGAUGCGGAUGAUAACUCCUACCGUCGUGUGGUACAAGUGUACCUCUUCCUGGCAGCUGCAGCUUCCGUUGUGGGCGGCGCACUCUUGAUCGGCUCAUUGGCGAGCCGGAAUCUGGCACCAUUGCAAUGGUCUCGAAAGAAGAGACUGACAUCAGGGGCGGAAAUAAUCCAAGCCAACCGUGAGCGUAGUUUGGUGACACAUGCUCAUCGUACUCGGCUGAUUUCUAUCGGAUGUUUUGGGGCUCUUCUUCUGCUGGUUGUGGGCGGAUGGGUGGCGUAUAUUUGGGGGGCUGCCACAGGUCACAAUUCUUAG